GUCACGUCUCAAGCGAAGCAAGUUGUGGAGGGGGUCUCUCCGAAGUUUUCAGCAGCAGACGACGCGCGCAUCGCGCUAACGACGGCUCGCGUGCGCGGCGCGCAUGCCCAAUCGAACCUUCGACCAGCGAGAAACAAAGAUCGUGUGAGUGGAGGCAUUCCGUGCGCCGUCGAUUGAAAGGGUCCGGCAAAAAACGGCUCGACUGUCAAAGGGGCGUGCGUUGAUCGAGUAAAGGUUUUUCCGUGCGCAGAGGCUGUUGUAGGUGUAGGCUGCCCUGUGUUAUAGUUACAUUGGGUGUCCGUCGUUUUUUCGGAAGCCGGACCCGUGUCGGAAGUUGGCGAGUUGGCAACAAGCCGGAUAGCGUGAUGACAACGGAACAGCCUUUGUGACAGCCAACGGACACAACGACUCCAAAGGAGACAUAUCGGCCAGCAGAGCCACCGGAGACUCGGAACAUCGCGCACGCUUCCUGUUCGUGGCUUGACGAUGAACUGGAAAUGGGUCCGCCUUGCCGUGCUCGUGGCAAUCGUAGUGCUCAUCGCGGUCGUCCUGUACCUGCUGCUUCACCGGAACCCAUUGGUCUGCUACCCCGACAAUCGCGAGGAGACGUGUUACCAUGGUAACCAGAACGCCUACCGCCUGUACGGCACCAAGACCGACUACCGGGUGCUGGUCAAGAUGUUCGAGCUGGACAAACAGGGCGAAUACGUCGUGCCAGGGUGCACAGUGGAAGGGCUGUUCCUUUACAACCGCCACACCACACGCUACCCCGACCGAGACGACAUCAUAAAGAUGGUGGAGGCCAUGCCUCGACUGCAGCGCGCCAUCUUGGAUUCGGCAAGUGCCAGCAAGGUUCACUUGUGCAAGGAAGACAUACAGGCACUCUCCAAUUGGACACUGAAGUUCAAGCCCAGCGACGACAACCACGUGACUGAUUCGGGCAGGGAAGUCUCAGCUGACCAAGCAAAGCGCUUUGCGACUCGGUUCCCACGACUCUUCAGCAACUUCAGCGCACGUGACUAUGUGGUGGGCUUUACGAGCCGGGUCCGCACGCAGGAAACUGCCGAGGCGUUCCUCGAGUCCCUCCUCUCCAGGCAAGAGUACUUCGAGGUCGAGAGAAACUUUCUCAGUCCGCAAGAUGACCUUCUGCAGUUCCACAAGGAGUGUGACAAGCUCAUCAAGAAAAAGGAGGACACCCCAGCUGCCGUCGAGGCCUUUGAAAAGGGGCCUUACAUGUCGAGACUGAUGGACAGGCUUACCUGGCGGCUGGGCUUCAACGUUACCAAAGGCGACCUCAAGAUGCUGCUGCGUGCAUGCAUGUUUGAGUAUGCAAUCUACGACCAGUCCCCGUGGUGCUCCGUCUUCACCGAGGACGACCUCAAGGCCGUUGAGUUCAAGGAUGACCUGGACGACUACUACGAGGACGGGUAUGGCCUCGAGCGCAACUAUGCCCAGGCGUGCCCAAUCAUUCAGGAGCUUGUGGACCGACUCGAGGUUAUGGCCAAAGAUCCAAGCCACCCGAACAAGGUCCUCUACUUCUCUCACGCGGGCGGCUUCAAGAAAGUGGUCGCUCGUCUCGGGCUCCACCGCGAUGUGGAUCCGCUCAACGCCGACGGACUGUGUACGCAGGCGAACCGGGCGUGGCGGUCGAGCCUCCUCUGCCCGUUCAACGGCAACGUCGCAUUCGUCCUCUACAAGUGCACUGCGGACCAGCACAAGGUCGUGACAUUUCUCAACGAGCAACCGGUGACAGUUCCCGGCUGCCCCGACGUGCACUGCCCCCUCAUGACCUUUGUGGACCAAUACAAGAUGCACGCGACUUCGUGCAACUUGACCGAGAUAUGCUCGGUGUAACCACUGCAUCCCAGCCGCAAAAAUCUACCAAAGACCUCGAAUGCGUCAUGCCUCGACAGAGAACAGCGUUAACACUCGCCAAUGCUUGCCAUUGGAAAAACUGGGGCACCAUUGUUUUUUUAAAUUACAGAUCUUAUCCUAAUAUAUCCUGUAUCGUAAAGUGCUAUUGAAAAUGGUGCGUGUUGAAGUUUGACUGAAGCACCGAUAAACUGCAGUCAAACGAAGGCCGUCCUUAGAGUCGGCAUUUCGACGAGGGGACUUGAUUUCAUCGAAAUGCCAAAACAUUGUUUUGGAAAUACAAGUCUAGUUGUUAAAACGUUGGCUUUGACUUGUUCGUGUUCCUCUGUCAUGUUAGGACAUUCAGGGCAUUUAUACCUUUUCAUGCGCAUUUGCUUUGUCAAUGUUAACAAGAUGUUUUAAAACACUUUAUAUAUGUGAUAGCCUAAGCACAGUGUUUAGACCUCAGUGUUGUGAUGAAAGAGAAAGGUCAUCGUGUCAAAAAUGGCACGUAGUUUUAUUUUGUUUGUGCUUAAACCUGAAGAAGGUUCACAUCGCCUUAAUUCACUUCCGAGUAAUGUAAGACUUCGCGAAGAUAGUUUGAUAUAAGGGCUCAUUUCAUAAGAUUCUACUUAUUAGCUGCCACUCGCGAAUGGCCGAUUGUAGUGGCAGCAUAACCAGCGCAUUCGUCCGACUACUGUACAAGUGAAGGGGUCGUGUGGCGAGACGAUCACUUUCAGCGACAGUGUUACAUUGCAGGAAGCAUAAUUUCGCUGGUCCAGUGAUUGGAAUUACUGCUUGCCCACCUUUCGUCAACCUAACAAAUUGGUGGGCACUGAAAAGUGAUGUCUCCGAAAGUGGCCGUUUGAGAAUACGAUUUCCGAAUAUCAUAAUUAUGAGAUUAUAUCAGCCCUAAAUGCUGUUUCUUUCAAUCAUCUCAACAGUCGUGUCUACACUUCAAGGUCUCUUUUUUUUUGCUAUUUCUACAUGUGCAUCUCACUUACAAGCACCUUAAUGACAGAGCAGCUAGCUUACAAGAAAAAUACUCUCCUCACACAUUGAAGAUUAUAUCAUGCAUGAUCUUGGUUAGUAGCCUUCGACAUUUGCACCGCUAUACUUAUAUGCUUAUACAUAUGCUUCUUGGCAAAUUAGCAACAGUACUGAUGAUGAUUAUCAUGCUCCAAGAUUAUUUGCACCUAUUCAUUCAGGAAAAUUGACCAAGGAUCGGGCAGACAGAAAUGAUACGAAAAAUCUCAAUUACACUAGAACUGGUACCAUCAAUUAGAAUGAACAGACCUAACAUCGGGUCAUACUUCAUCUGUUCAAAAAACAUUCCAUCAUGGCACUGAGCUGCCUUAGCAAACAUGUCAUCCCAACUGCAUUGUCAUUCUAGUAGAGCAACGAGUUUUUUCUUUUUUUCUUCUGCUACAAUUUUACUAGUGAAUAUGUGCUUUUGGAGAUAUGGCAAACCUACCGUACAAUAUCGAAGACUGACUCUGUGCGUUUUGCACUCUGUGUUUUCGCUGAGAUGUGCUCUAGCAAUUGUGAGAUGUCUACAAAAGUGGCGUCAGGGUGAAAUAAAUUACUCUUGAAGGACUUGCUAAUCCUUCUAAACCUGUGUAAUGUGCCUUAGGAGGUGUCGAGUGAUUCGCGGAGUAUUGUAAGUGUGUCUGGUGUCUUCACUGUUCAAUCUCAGCCAGCAGUUUGUCCACUUUUCAUUCUGUGCUUCAUAAGAGCAGCGUGCGUGAAUGUGUCUAGCUUAGAAAUAAGUCUACACACGGUAGUUAAUAAAGUUGUGUUUUGUUA